GUUUAAAUUAAGCAAUAAACACGGGAGAUGCAUCAGGACGAUUAUAGGUACUAAUUGUGAAUGGACAGUUUAGUAACACAUCGACCCGUGGCCAUAUGACACUUAUUUAUAGUACAAGGUGAAAAUGCAUUUGAACUUUUUUGUUCUAGGUCCAUAUCAAACAGUAUGCCUGAUCCUACUCCUGCAAGCUUGCGUAUGCUAUGAGGUGUGUGACAGACGACCCCUGGGAACUGACACGGCUCCCCUGCCACCUGACAAUCGCUUCCUCAUAGAUGUGGAUGGUAUCAGAGACAACAUGUACAUUCCGAGGGAAACUUAUACGGUGCGCUUAUCCUCCCGAGAUGGAGUGACUCCGUUCAUAGCAUUCACGAUAUCUCUUCGAGAGGACACGGAGGAGAACAAGAACAACCUCCGAAGGCCUAUCCUGCUGAGUCCUGGCAAGCUGGAGCCGAUGCAUGGCUCCAAUAUAGCGAAACUGCAGCCUAUCUGCAACAAUACUGUUGUACAGUCCGAUGUUACGCCGAAGACUUUUGUUGAGGCAAGAUGGACAGCUCCAGAGAAAAACAACAAAUGUGUGACAAUCUUCGCCGUAGUAGCAGUUACCCCGGAUGUUUGGUACAGUUUCGAAGGUCCCCUUUCGAAACGGAUUUGUGAGGAUCGGCGCAAGGCAGAUGAUAUGCAGCCUAUGGAAAAUGAUAAUUGCCAAGUUUGUGAGGACGCGAGGUAUAAGUUAAUAUUUGAAGGUAUGUGGUCCUUCAACACCCAUCCCAGAAUGUAUCCGCCAAAGGACCUGGUAGCAAGGUUCAGUGACGUGGUUGGAGCCUCGCAUAGCAAGGACUUUACUCUCUUCAAGUAUAACUCUGACGCUACCGGUGGUCUCAAACUUCUCGCUGAACAAGGAAACACCACCAAUUUGGAAGUGGAAAUUUCUGACAAGCUUGGCACUGCCGUCCGAACAAUCAUAAAGGCAACAGCUCCACCAAUGACAAACAUGACGACAGUUUCCACCUUCAGGGCUAGCAGGAAGCAUCACAUGGUGUCUUUAGCCACUGCCAUCGUGCCCUCCCCUGAUUGGUUCCUGGGAGUCGCCAAUUUAGAACUUUGCGAUGCCAAAACUCAUGUAUGGGCGGAGAGUGUAGUCUUUAAUUUGUAUCCUAUGGAUGCUGGAACUGAUAGUGGGAAAAAAUUCGACUCAUCGAAUGAGGCGACAGCACCAGCGCAGCCGAUUUCCAGCGCAAAAAUAGACGCGGACAUCCCAAAAGAACUGAUCAAACCGUUCGCGAGACUUAUGUUCCAAUUGAUACGGACUUAUUACAAUCCUAACUGCACGGAAAACCCCGUGUUUACUGAAGAACCAGGUGAAGGCGAGACCGAUGAGCCCGGUGAUGGGGACGACGGCGACGGUGAUGGUCGCGACACCACAACUCGAUACCUACCAUCUCCACCCACGACCACCACAACCGAGGAACCUUCAGUAGAUCCCGAUUCUUCGCCAGAUUGCCCGAUGACUGCUUGGGACGACUGGCAAGAAUGCGCCGGAGAAUGCAUUGAUAACAAGUUGGAGGGAUAUCAAAUCCGAUUCAGAUACCAUAUUGGAGAACCAGCGCCCGAAUGCUUGAAGGAGUCUCUCACUGAUACGCAAAGUUGCGAAGAAGAAUGCGAGGAGGAACAAGCUGAGGAAGAACCUGAAGAUGAAGAGGAACAAGAAGAAUAGUCCAUAAAAAUAAGAGAAAGUAAAAUAAUGGAGAACUUUAUCGUCAUAGAUAUAACUUGCUAAUGUGUGAAGGAAGUUAAGGAUCAGUUUAGAUUAGGUAAGUCGGUAAAGU